AUGGGGGAGGGGGUCUUCAGCGGCGCAUGGCCUCGCUAUGGCGGCACGGGAGCUAGUGGAGCAGGGCCUCGCCGGGGUGGCACAGGAGCCGGCGGCGCAAGGCCCCGCCGGAUCGGCAACACCGGCGCCGGAGUGGCCGCGUUGGCCGGCGGCUGCAGCUUCGUGUCGUCCGCUGCAGGGGCCAUCGCCGCCGCUCGAUGCAGUGGCCCGCCGUCUCAGCCUGCAAGGUGCGCCGCGCGCCGCCAAGAUCAAGGGGGCGGCGGCCGGCGCGGGUCCUCCGGGCGGCCGACGCCAGGGAAGCCGGGGUCCUCGCCGCUGGGAGCCGGGGAUCACCGCGCGGUGCCAGGAGCCCUGCCCCGUCACACGCCGCUAGGGUCCUCGACGCUGUCGCACGCCUCCGCCGCCGCCGCGCUCCAAGGUGCCGCCGCCGCCGGGAUCUGGGAGCCAUGGCGCUGCCGCUCUGGAUCCGCGCCUCUGCCUCUCGAUUCGCGGACGCCGACGCUGGAUCCGGUCGGGGGGCGCGCCGCCGCCGCGGGAUCCGGAGACGCCGGGAAGGGGUCUUCAGCGGCACAUGGCCUCGCUAUGGCGGCACGGGGGUUGGUUGAGCAGGGCCUCGCCGGGGUGGCACAGGAGCCGGCGGCGCAAGGCCCCGCCGGGUCGGCGAGGGGGGAGCCCCGCCUCACCAGAUGGUAG